CGUCUACGAACCACACUAUGGAGACUCCAAGCCCUAGAGAGAUGAACCGCAUAACACUUCUCUGUUUCUUUCUCAGUUUGGUCAUCACCCUCUUCUCUGCAGCGGCGGACCAUGACGGCCCCACCACCAGCACCACCAGCAUCAUCUUCACAACGCUGGGGAGAUCCGACUAUGCCUUCGACGUUUUCAGCCUCCCGACUCUGGGGCCUUCUACUAUCGCCGACGAGCUUCGGAUUACCGAUGGUCAGUCCGUGAAUUUCAACGGUCAUUUCCCAUCUUCUCCAAUUAUUUCUCUUCUAGCCAAUCAAACCCUACUUGAAAGCUCAAACGUGAAACGCCCAGAUGAGUCUCUGCAAACCAUCUAUGUCACCGAGAGAAAGGGGUCGUCGAAUAUAUAUCUUGACAUAAUCUAUUAUGAUACUCCCACGAACUCUAGAAGAAGAUCUGCACUGGAGACCGCAGUUCGAGUUGAGGUUCCGCUAUUGGGCACUAACACUGAACAGAGCGACGGUCGAAUUUCGAUGAAAGACAGGCCUAGCUUAGUUGGUGAGGACUUGGUUUACGUAUCGACUCACGAGGACUCGGGUGUGCCCAGGAAAAGUUGGGCUGCUGUCUACUCGACUCAUCUUCCGACGGGGUCGACUAGGCGGUUGACACCGUAUGGGGUGGCUGAUUACAGCCCGGCUGUAUCGCCGUCGGGGGUAUGGACAGCGGUGGCUUCUUAUGGAGAGAGAGGCUGGGGUGGGGAAGUUGAAGAGCUCAGCACCGAUAUCUACGUUUUCAGGACUCGUGAUGGGUCUGAGAGGACGAAAGUUGUGGAACACGGUGGUUGGCCGUGUUGGGUCGAUGAUUCUACUCUGUUUUUCCACCGUAGAGGCAGCGAUGGCUGGUGGAGUAUCCACAGAGCGAUUCUUGCUGAGUCAGUGGUUAUCGAGCGAGUCACUCCACCUGGUCUCCACGCUUUCACCCCAGCUACCUCGCCAGGCAACAAAAACUUCAUUGCCGUGGCGACGAGAAGACCCAAUUCAGAUUAUCGCCACAUUGAGUUGUUUGACCUUCUCAGUAACGAGUUUAGGGAAUUAACUCGUCGGAUUUCUCCCCAAACUCACCACUUUAAUCCGUUCAUCUCGCCCGAUUCUACUCGAAUUGGUUACCACAGAUGCAGAGGCGACAGUAACGGAGGGAAAAGCCCUCACCUGCUGCUCGAAAACCUCAAAAGCCCAUUACCUGAAAUCUCUCUGUUUAGAUUUGACGGUUCGUUCCCUUCGUUUUCACCGGGCGGCGACCGGAUCGCUUACGUCGAAUUCCCGGGGGUUUACGUGGUGAACCGGGACGGUUCUGGCCGGCGGGAGGUGUUCUCCGGAAUCGCCUUCUCCACCGCUUGGGACCAUAAACGGAAAGGGGUUGUAUACACUAGUGCAGGUCCCACGUUCGCUACAGAAAGCACAAAAGUGGAUAUAGUGUCUAUCAACGUUGAUGACGUUGACCAGCCUAGCUACAAAAAGUUGACCACCGGCGGUGAGAAUAACGCAUUUCCCUCGCCAUCACCGGACGGGAAAUGGAUCGCGUUCCGGUCGGGCCGGUCUGGCUAUAAGAAUCUGUACAUAAUGGAUGCUGUGGAUGGAGAGAGAGGUGGGAUCCAUCGGUUAACAGAGGGUCCAUGGACGGACACAAUGUGUAAUUGGUCACCGGACGGUGACUGGAUUGUCUUUGCAUCCGACCGGGAGAACCCGGGUGGUGGUGGGUUUGAACUGUACGUGAUUCACCCUAACGGGACCGGCCUCAGGAAGGUGGUUCAGAGCGGUUCAGCUGGGAGGACUAACCACCCAUGGUUCAGCCCUGAUGGGAAGAGCAUUGUUUUCACUUCAGACUAUGCCGCAGUAUCAGCUGAGCCCAUCUCCAACGCACAUCACUACCAGCCUUACGGCGAUAUCUUUGUGGUGAAUUUGGAUGGCUCAGGGCUUCAUCGAUUGACACAUAAUUCAUACGAGGAUGGGACUCCGGCCUGGGCUCCCAAGGUGAUUAGGUCGGUUGACGUGAAGUUGCAGGUGGACGGGCCACACUGCUCCUUUGAAGAUUGUCACUGGCUCAGCAACACUCCGAAUCAUGGUGUUGAGGCUGCACCCUGGGUCUUGGCCAAGCCUCAGUGUGGUCUACGGGCCUAGAUUGCUUAAUGCUCAAGCAGCUAUAAUAUUGUAUUACUCGGCUUUUGCUAGCGUAUAAACCUCUCUGUAGAUUGCUUAAUGCUCAAGCAGCUAUAAUAUUGCUAGUGUAUAAACCUCUGUAGUAUUAUGACUCUUUCAGAAGUUGGUGCUAUUAACUUGAUGUGUUAUAUAUAAACCCAGUUGUGCAA